GCCCAAUCGGAGAUGGCGUGUUCAAUGUGUUUUGCUGCUCCUGCAGAAUGAAUUUUUAAUUCUUAUCUUGAUGCUCUCUGCGCUUGCUUAUUUUCUUGUAGACUUUUCAUUAUCCAAAUUAGGUUACAUGGCUCCUCCCCUCGCGUAACCCGUGUGAGCUACUCUUCUGCGACGGAGGCUUGUCCAGGGCUGUCACCCUUCACAGCCGAAGGUUAUAUGGAUGAUCAGCUCAUUGUUCGCUACGAAAGCCACACCAGGAAGAUGCAUCCUCGAGUAGAUUGGAUAAAUACACUGGAGAAGGAAGAUUUCAGAUUCUUUAACAAGUACACCUGGAUUUUGCAAAAAGACCAGAAAGACUUUCAGGAGGAUGUGCAAAUGCUCCAGAGGCGCUAUAACCAAAGUGGAGGCUUUCACAUCGUCCAGUUGAUGGUCUCCUGUGAAGUGGGGGAAGAUGGGAAAAGGAGCGGCCGCUGGCAGUACGGCUAUGAUGGGCGGCAUUUCCUUGACUACGAGAUGGCGACCGGCAUCUGGACAGCAGCUGACAAAGAAGCCCAAGGGAUCAAGCAGAGGGCUGAAACCUACAUCAAGCAGCGUUUCACAGAUUUCCUGGAGAGCAUCUGCACGGAGUGGCUGCAGAAGAACGACCACUAUAGAUCAAAGACAUCCUUGAGGGAAGUUCCUCCAGUGGUGACGAUGAGCAGCAGGACAGAAGCCGAUGGUAUGGAGAGGCACGUCUGCCGAAUCCAUGGCUUCUACCCCAGGGAGAUCGAUGCCUCCUGGACGAGGGAUGGGGAAUUCUGGCUGCAAGACACCUUCCAUGAGUCUCUGGCCCCCAACUCUGAUGGGACCUACUAUUACUCGCUCGGAAUCCAGAUUGAUCCCAAGGAGAGGGGCCGCUAUCAGUGCCACGUGGAGCACGAUGGCUUGCAGCAGCCUCUGGAUCUGGACCUGAAGGUUCCAGAAUCCAGUUCCAGUCUGGGGCUCAUCAUCGGUGUUAGUGUGGCUGGCGUUAUCUUGGUGUGUGCAAUUUGUGGGAUCUUGGCAUUUCUCAGAUUCAGGAGAGGAGAGGAUGAUCCCAGGAAUGACCCUUCUCGUAGAGCUCCACUUAUGCCCAGUUGCUCAGGAACCAUUUGAAGUUACAACGGACCUCCUCAGAGUCUGAAACGAUGCUGUCAAUUGAGAUGGGAGCACAGGAAACAUUUAAUGUGGAAUGUUUUUGCAUUGAAAACAGAUGGAGAUGCAGCCAUUUUCUUCUUUUUGCUUUUAGAGUUAGAUGAUGCUGGGGGGGGGUUGUGCAGAAGAGGCUAGCUAGACAUAAUAACACUGGACCUAGUGUGAGAACCAAGAUUGUUGAAAAAAGAAAUGAUAAGGAAUUGGCAAGCUGGAGGGGAAGCCCAUGCUUCCAACUAAUUGGGGAAUGUGAUUUAUGACUGUUAACUGGAGGAGGGAAUUGUGCUUUGAUAUUAUGUGCUCAGGGAAGGAGACCUCAGUUUUUGGCUUCAAUUAUUUUAGUGCCGAUGC